AUGUCCGCCACUUUGCAUCAUCCGCAGCUCGGCAAAGUGACUGGAAAUCAGCGAGACGGCGUAGCCCAAUUUCUCGGCCUCAAAUAUGCCUCGGUUGAAGACCGCUUUGCUGCCCCUCAGUUGCUAGACAAAUAUGCUGCAGGAAACAUAGACGCUACUCAAUUCGGACCUCCUCCCGUAUCGCCCGUCGGCGCCAUCAACGACGAAUUCGGCUUCAUCCAGCACUCUCUACCACUCCCACAUGUUCCGCAGCAUUCGGAUCUUGAAGGCCUGAAUCUCAACAUUACUGUCCCUACAAACAAGGAUGGCUCAAUUGACGCAAAUGCAAAACUACCAGUCUACGUAUUCAUCCACGGAGGCGGGUUUGUUGUUGGAAGCAGUUGGUACCCGCACUACGACGCUGCUGCCAUUGUGAAAUUAUCGGUUGAAAAGAAGAAGCCCAUGAUCGGAAUCACAAUCAAUUACCGACUAGGCGCCACGGGAUUCAUGACAUCAGCUGAACUACGGAAGGCGGGAUACAAAGCGAACAAUGGCCUUCACGACCAGCGUGUUGCAUUGCGGUGGAUCCAAAAAUUCAUAGCUGGUUUUGGUGGUGACCCAGACGAGAUCACAGCAUGUGGAGAGAGUGCUGGCGGCUACUCGGUGUCAAUGUUGCUCGGCUCGAAAGAGCCGCUGAUGAAGCGGUGUCUGAGCACAGGAGGAGCAAUACUACUUUUCAAGCCAAUCCCAGAAUCUGUCGCAGAGUCAUCGUACCAACAGAUUAUCAAAGAACUUGGGUUAGCCGAUCUAUCCCCAGAAGAUCGCAUCAAAGCACUCUUAAGUUUGCCAGUCGAUGAUCUCUGGCAGAAACUACCAAAAUCAGCGCCCAUGUUCCCUACAGUCGACGGCGAUACCGUUCCCGGCAUUCCCAGCUUUCUGAGCGUUUCGUCAAAGGAUGAUCACCCCGCAUUCCCGUUCCCGGGCCGGAAAUGGUGCAAGGCCUUGAUGAUUGGAGAGUCUAAACUCGAUGCAAACAUCCUCGCGUACACAGUCCUAGAUGCCCGUAAUCCCGGUAUCGGUCAGAAGUUCAUCGAUGCGUGCAACAAGUCGUUAUCUGCCCACCCAGAAUUGGUUCAAGAACUGCUUGAGGUCUAUAAAAUCACUCCUUCAUCUUCAGAUGACGAAGCACUGCUUGCCAUCCUGCGCUUUGCAUCUGAAAUCUGCUUCUACGCCCCCGCCCGCGCAUUUGCCCAGGGUUGGCCAAACACGCCCAAUGCAAAAUUGUUUCUCUACCACUUCAAUGAGGGCAUACCGUGGGAAGGCCGUUUCAAGGGUGAAGCUGGCCAUAUCCUCGACGUAGCAUACUUGUUCCAGAACUUCAACGAACACCUGGAUGAUGCGCAGCUCAAAGUUGCCAAAGAAUACGCAGAAGAUUUUAUCAAGUUUGUCAACGGCGAGGAUCCGUGGCCACCUGUGCAGCAGGACAAACUGGGCGGAAAGGUAUAUGGACCCAGCGCUGAUGGAGUGACGAGUAGGUGGGUCCCAGAUGGUGCACCAGUGAAGCUUUCGAGGGACGAUCGUUUGUUGAAGCUUGGUGAGAAGAUUGGCUUUGACGCAAUUCUGGGUACGUUUGAAAAAUUCUUUCAAGGGCAAUGGGAACAGCACAGGCUAUCCUGAACUGUAGGAAUUGUAGGAGAAGAGCAAUUUUGUCCAGCAAGAGACGUUCUAGGCAAUGUGCUGUCAUUACAGACUCUCAGGUUAUGAUGAUGGGAACCAUACUCAGCCAAAC